CUCUCUCUCUCUCUCUCUCUCUCUCUCCCUCCCCCUGUAUGCUAUUGAUUUUUAUGUUUGAAAGCAAAAACCAUGGAACACCUACCGAUAUAUCAAAACAAUGAAAAUCCCAUUUGGAGUAUCAUAAGUAAUGGAAAUGCCUGAAGAAUAUAGGACGAUGUUUGACAUAUUGGAUUAACAUGGUCUUAAUAGUAGAUCAAUGGCAAAGAAAAAGGGCUGGUUUGGUUGGGUGAAGAGGUUCUUUACUUCUGAAGCAAAGACGAGGACACAAAAGAAAUCAAAUCACUGGAGAUGGAUUUUUCGAAGACUUGAAGUUCUUCAUCAAUACCCUGCACAGGCUGCACUGACAGCACCAGAGAGGACACUACGUGAAGCUACGGAAGAGCAGAAAAAACAUGCUUUAAAUGUUGCAAUGGCGACAGCAGCUGCAGCUGAGGCAGCAGUGGCUGCUGCCCAUGCUGCAGCUGAGGUUGUGCGCCUUACUUCACAACCUUACCACUAUUUCACAAAGUUUGACAGGAAUUUGGCUGCCAUUAAAAUUCAAAGCGCUUAUCGGGCACAUCUUGCAAGGAAAGCAUUGCGAGCCUUGAAGGGACUGGUGAAACUUCAAGCCAUAGUUCGUGGCAGAGCUGUGAGACGCCAGGCAGCUACCACUUUGAAGCGUUCACCAUCCAACAGAAGAGGUCAGGCAGAGAUUUGGAAAAGGAGCAUUCUAGCUGCAGAUGAGGGAUGCAAUGACGGCGAAAAGAAACAGCUCAGCAGCCCACAAAGGGAGUUUGAAGAAAAAGAAGCGACACUUGAAUGCAGCAGCCAGAGAGGGUGGGAUUGCAGUAUAAUUUCGAAGGAAGACAUGGAAGCCAUUCGGCUAAGAAAGCAAGAGGCCAUGAUCAAAAGAGAGCGGGUGAAGAAAUACUCAUUUUCUCUACGGGAAAGCAGAAAUGUUCAAAUGCUAGACGAUUCAAUGAUCGACAACGCAACUGAAACACUAACCGUUCAUUCAAAUCUAAGUGGUUGUACUGAUGGAAAGUUUGGAGGAUCACAAGUUAAACUGAGACAUGUGAGAAAUGAAGAUUCAAGGGAAGGAUUGAGUCCACAAUUUCAAUUAUUACCAAGGAGAUCAUUUUGCAAUGCAGAAGAGAACAAUUCUGCUCAACACCAGCAUGACAGAUUGAUGACAUCUUCUGCAGUUCUUCCAACUUACAUGGCCGUGACAGCAUCUGCCAAGGCGAAGACAAGGUCGCUAAGCACCCCGAAGCAACGCCUAGAAUUCCAGGAUCGAAAGUACUCCAAUCAUAGCUUUUCACACAACAAUGGGCUUUCUCUUUGUUCUUCAUAUGAUGCUGAAUCUAUUGGGAAGUAUAGUAAGAAUGGAUGGGGUUCAUUGGCAGAUAUAUUCAAGCAAUAUCACCAUUAACAAGUCUGUGAAGUUAAGAAGUCAACUUUUGUUGUGGGGAUCAAUGGGAAGUUCAGUAUUAACAGCGAUUUGAAAACAUCUAUGAAAAAGAAAAAAUCUUCUAAAACUUUGCUCUGAGUACUGGUUUUACAAGUGGCUGAAGUUCAUAUUUGGCGAAAUUUUCAAAGGUGAAGAUGCAUUUAUUGACCCCUAAAUACUUCAUUAGCAAGAAAGAUUUCAACAAGUUGUUCGAAAAGGCAUUUGCAAUAUCUCUCAUUGCUGGUAAUGCUCAUUUUAUACUUGUCAUAGGACUUAAUUUCUUAUUCUUUUUUGGAGGAUUUGGUGUUAGGAG